AUGCCCCCAGCCUGGCCUCGGAAGGCUGCUGUGGAAAUUGCCUCCCCAGAGGGCGGGGAGAGGUGGGCAGCCGGACCAAGCUGGUGCGGAAGGUGUGAAAGUUGCGUGGAUUUACUCUUUGUGAGAGGAGCUGGAAACUGUCCUGAGUGUGGCACUCCACUUAGCAACUUCAGGGUACAACUCUUUGAAGAUCCUACUGUUGAAGUUGAGAUUCAGAAAAAAGUGCUAAAGAUAUACAAUAAAAUGGAAGAAGACUUUCCUAGUCUAAGAGAAUAUAAUGAUUUCCUGGAAGAAGUGGAAGAAAUUGUUUUCAACUUGACCAACAACGUGGAUUUGGACAACACCAAAAAGAAAAUGGAAAUAGACCAAAAGGAAAACAAAGAUGUCAUUCAGAAAAAUAAGUUAAAGCUGACUCGAGAACAGGAGGAACUGGAAGAAGCUUUAGAGGUAGAACGACAGGAAAAUGAACAAAGAAGACUAUUUAUACAAAAAGAAGAACAACUGCAGCAGAUUCUAAAAAGGAAGAAUAAGAAGGCUUUUUUAGAUGAACUGGAGAACAUCAAAAUGGGUCAACAUAUUUCAUUAGCACCCAUUCAAAAGCUUGAAGAAGCUCUAUAUGAAUACCAACCACUGCAAAUAGAGACUUGUGGACCACAAGUUCCUGAGCUUGAGAUGCUAGGAAGACUUGGGGUUCCCUGGUGGCGCAGUGGCUCCCCAGGUUAUUUUGAUGGCACAGGUUUUCCUGUGUGCACACUGACAGAGCUUCAGUCUAAGUAUCUGAGAGCAGUGUCCUGUCUCGUGGGAUGCACCGUGGCUCCCGUUUCUAGGUGGAGAACAAGCAAGGCGGCCCUCAGGAAGCUGUCUUUCAGCGGCUGGAGCUCCGCUUCACAGGCCCUGCUGUGUUGGGGGCACGGGGCCUUACUAGCAGGAUUUGAGCACCAAGCACCAAGCCCUCAGUACCCCGUGGAUCUGUCCUUGUUCCUCAAAGUCAGCCUUGGAAAACCAGAUGGUGCCGGCCUCCCUGUAGCUUGGGGUGCCUGGGCCCUGUGCUCCGGGGCUGAGCAGGCCACCCUGCCCUGGAGGGAGGGUACCAUGCAGCCAGGCCCUGCCAGCUGGGCCUCCUGCCUGUGGGGUGUGGGGAGUUAA